UUAGGGCUUAGGCUUAAACCCUAUCCCUCUCUCUCUCUCUCUCUCUCUCUCUCUCGGCUCUGCAACAACAAAACCCUACCAAUUUCUGGCAAAACCCUCUUCAAAUUCCCCAUUAACAUCCCUCAUUUCUCUCUCUACAAUCCAUUCUACCAUGCCUGUCAAGCUCCUCCCUCAUCUCCGUCUCCUCAACCCUUCUCUUCCGGUGGCCAGUAGUCUCUCCACCAUGAAACCCAACCCACUCAAACCCUCCUCCACUCGGGUUAUCCCCAUUUUCACUCGAAUCUUCCCUCACAAGAUCAAGUACCAAUCUCUCUCCAGACAACUCUCUCUUCCACUUCUCACCACCCAAAAGUUCGGCCUUCGUCGAUUCUCGACCCGCUCGAGCGAGGUUAGGGCUUCAAAAAGCCUUAUUGACGACGAAGCUGAGCUCAGUGAUUGGGUCAGUGGGUUGAGAUCAAACUCGUCUCGUGACGGUGACGGUGAUGAUAUUGGGCGUGGUUCGGGUAGAGGGAGGGGUGGUGAUAGGCGUAGGGGUAGGGAUGAGAGAGGUGGUGGGAGAGAUAGGGCUUCGCCGGCUAAGAGGGGAAGAGGUAGUGAUUCGGAUGAUUAUGGAAUGUCGAAUAGGGGAAUGGGUAGGGAUUCAUUCGGGUCAUUUUCGAGGAAUUCGAGUGGGAAAGCAAGGUUUGGUACUCAAUUGGAGGGAGAGAAUGAUGGGUUUGGGUCGCAAAGGAGAGAGAAUGGUUGGAGAGGGGGGGAAGAUUCAACAAUAGCUAAGAGAGGUGGGAGAGGUUCUGAAUUUGGGUAUGGGCGUGGCCGAGGGAGUGCUAAUGGUGGGAGAGGUUUGGAAUCGGGUUAUGGGCAGGAGCGAGGGGGUGGCAAUGGUGGGAGAAGAGGUUCUGAAUUUGGGUAUGGUAGGGAGCGAGGGGGUGGCAAUAGUGGGAGAAGAGGUUCAGAAUUUGGGUAUGGUAGGGACCGAGGGGGUGGCAAUGGUGGGAGAGGUUCAGAUUUUGUGUAUGGGAGGGACCAAGUGGGUGGGCGUGGUAGUCGACGUGGUGGUGGUGGCCGUGGCAGUCGUGGUGGAGGAUUAAAGAGAGGUGGGAGAAGUUUGGGAAGAGGCAGUUUUGUGACCUCAGAUGAGGAAAUUAGCGAUGGUAAUGAGAGAGGUUCGGAAUUGGGGUAUGGUCGGAACCGAGGGGGUGGGAGAGGUUCAGAUUUGGGGUAUGGUCGGGCCAGAUUGAGUGGCCAUGGUGGUCAGGGUAGAGGUGGUGGCGGAGGAUUAAAGAGAGGUGGGAAAAGUUCAGUAAGAGGUGGUUUUGUGACCUCAGAUGAGGAAAUUGGUGAUGAUGAUGAUGAUGGUGAUGAUGAUGAUGAGGAGGAGGAGGAGGAGGAGGAGGGGUCAAAGGAGGGGUUAUGGAAGAGCUUUAAAGAUUUGGUCAGCGAGGGAGAUAGUGAUGAAGAUGAUGGCGAUGCAUCUGAUGGCAUGCUUGAGAAUGCGGGAUCUUUGUUUACAAACAAGGAAGCUAGUCCACAGGCUGUGCCUAGUUCAUCUGGAAGAAAUGACUCGUACUUGAGUGAGACAAGGUUUGAUCAAUGUUCAGUGUCUCCCUUGUCAUUAAAGGGAAUUAAGGAUGCUGGGUAUGAGAAGCUGACUGUGGUGCAAGAGGCAACACUUCCUCUUAUUCUCAAAGGUAAGGAUGUUCUGGCUAAGGCAAGAACUGGCACUGGAAAAACUGUAGCAUUUUUGCUUCCAUCAAUUGAAGAAAUUGUUAAGUCACCCCCUAUUGGUCGUGAUCAGAAACGACCCCCGAUUCUUGUACUUGUAAUAUGCCCAACUCGAGAGCUUGCUAGUCAGGCUGCUGCAGAGGCUAACACCUUGUUGAAGUAUCAUCCUUCUAUUGGUGUCCAAGUCGUGAUAGGAGGUACGAGACUUCCUCAAGAACAGAAACGUUUGCAAGCAAAUCCUUGCCAGAUUCUUGUAGCUACACCUGGAAGACUCAAAGAUCAUAUUGAGAAUACCGCGGGAUUUGCAACUCGGCUCAUGGGUGUGAAAGUCCUUGUGCUUGAUGAAGCUGAUCACUUGUUAGACAUGGGAUUCCGCAAAGACAUUGAAAAGAUCAUAGCAGCUGUACCAAAACAGCGACAAACGCUUCUGUUUUCUGCUACUGUUCCAGAAGAGGUUCGCCAAAUCUGCCAUAUUGCUUUGAAAAGAGAUCACGAGUUUAUUGAUACAGUUGGAGAGGGUAGUGAGGAGACACACUCACAGGUUAGACAGAUGCAUCUAGUUUCACCUUUGGACAAGCAUUUUUCACUAUUGUAUGUUCUACUGAAAGAGCAUAUCUCAAAUGAUGUUGAUUACAAGGUUCUUGUGUUCUGUACAACUGCAAUGGUCACAAGACUUGUUGCUGACCUCCUUGGUGAGCUCAAUCUGAAUGUUCGAGAGAUCCAUUCUAGAAAGCCACAGGGUUAUAGAACUAGGGUCUCUGAUGAAUUCCGGAAGUCUAAAGGACUUAUUCUUGUGACUUCUGAUGUUUCUGCACGUGGAGUUGAUUACCCAGAUGUUACCCUUGUUAUUCAGCUGGGAUUGCCAUCUGAUAGAGAGCAGUACAUACAUCGGCUUGGUAGAACCGGCCGGAAAGGCAAAGAAGGGCAGGGCAUAUUGUUAUUGGCACCCUGGGAGGAAUUCUUUUUGUCCAACAUUAAGGAAUUGCCGAUCACGAAAGCCGCGGUACCUUUGGUUGAUCCAGAGACAAGGAAAAAGGUGGAAAAAUCGCUAUCCCAUGUAGAGAUGAAAAACAAAGAAGCAGCAUACCAGGCAUGGCUUGGCUACUACAAUUCCAACAAGAACGUAGGGCGGGACAAGUACAAACUUGUGGAGCUUGCAAAUGAUUUCAGCCGGAGCAUGGGGCUCGACAACCCUCCAGCAAUUCCCAAGCUUAUCCUUGGCAAAAUGGGCCUAAAAAACAUUCCUGGUUUGCGUACUAAAUAGAUUUGCAAUUCUUUUGGUUACUUCCAAAAUUCUCAUUUGUGUUGAUGUUCAUAGACCAUGAAAUGGAAAGUUAUUGCAUUUUCUUUGAUCUUUUUCUUUGUGACCAAACAGUGAUUGUAGGUAGAUCAAAAGGGGAGGGCAUUAAUCUUGUUAUCAAAAUUUUGGCCCCCUCUUUAUUGUUUGUAUUUAAUACCUAUCAUCUUGUAGAGAAAACUGAGGUGUAUCUUACAUUGAUAGAAAUGGAAAAGGUGAUUAGUUUACAUGUGA